AUGGGGCAGGCGGCGGCCUCCCGGCCCGGCAUGCUCCGGCAGCUGGCAGGGUGGGUCGCGCGAGCGAUCCAGGCCAUCAUUUUCUGGCUGGAGUCGCUGAUAGAGCUGCUGGGGCAGGAGCCCGAGGCGCGUAUUUCGACGACGCAGCUGCUGGACGGCAUCGGCGUGCGUUUCUUCGACCCGGCGCAAGUGUGCAGCCGGGCGGAGGACAUGGUCAACCGCGGGGACCUGGACCGGGCGCUGCAGCUGUACAUCCGCGUGAUCGAGCACCACCCGGAGCACACCGCGGCGAUGGACGCGGCGGCGGAGAUCCUCGCGGAGAUGGGCGACGGCGAGGGUGCCAAGGAGCUGGUGCUGCGCUCCAUAGAGCUGCGGCCCGACCUGGGGCACCAGAAGUACGUCCUGCUCGGACACCUCGAGUACGGGAACCGCGCGCUCGACGCGUUCUCCAAGGGCCUCGAGCUGCUCAACGAACAGAUGGGCAUGAUGGAGGCGGCCGCACAGGAGGGCGGGGCGGAGGCGGCGGAGGCGGCGCGUCGGCUGAGGGACAUGAAGAAGGCGGCGUCGGCGGUGCUGGCCGCGCAGGCCAAGGUGUGGCUCACCGACUGCUUCGAGGAGCCGGGGGCCAUGAGGUGCUGCGAAGACGUCCUCGACAAGGCGCUGCGGCUCGACUCCGGGAACCCCGAGGCGUGCCAGGCGCUGGCCGACGUCCGGCUGAGUCAGGGUCGGGAGGGCGAGGCGCUGUUGUUGGCGCGGCGGGCGGUGGAGAUCAUCCGGGGGCUCCCUGAGGGGCUCGCUCCCACAUACGACUUCAGGAUGGUCACCGCGCGGCUGCUAGUUGAGCUAUCGGAAUACAAGGACGCGUUGGAGUUGCUGGUGGAGUUGACCGCGGAGGACGACCGCGACACGGAGGCGUGGUACUUGCAGGGGUUGUGUUACAUGAUGUCGGGGGACGGGAAACGGGCGAGGGAGGCGCUCAUACGGGCGAAAACAUUGAUCGAAGAGGUUCCGACGAGCGACACCGCUCUCCUGGGCCAGAUCAGCACGCUGCUGACCAGGAGAAUAGUAACCGAGGAGGAAAAGGCCAAGUUGUGGAAUCCUCGCGGAUGGUUGCAGCGGUUUGGUUCCAUGGAGCAGCAGGCGGUGGACGGGAGCGUGGAGGGAGGAAAGAGGGAGGAGGCGGCCGUCGGCGCGGUGUCGGUGUCGCCGGAGCUCAUGCUCGAUGUGGAGGGCACCAAGGGGCGGGACAUCGAUGGCGCCAGACUGGAAGCUGCCCGCCGACCCGAAUCGCGACCCCCCGUGUGA